AGUGUUUCUGUGUCUGUCACGUGUGUGGUACUUAUAGUAUACGUGUUUCUGUGUCUGUCACGUGUGUGCUACUUAUAGUAUACGUGUUUCUGUGUCUGUCACGUGUGUGCUACUUAUAGUAUACGUGUUUUUGUGGAUGUGCCACAUAAAAUAUAAGUUGUGUUUGUUCCAGGACAUCCGAAACCAGCGACGGUAUCGGCAGCGGAGGAAGGCGGAGCUGGUGAAGCUCCAACAGACAAAUGCCGCCCUCAACUCCAAGACCGCCUUCUACAACGUCCAGAUUGACUACUACAAUCAGUACAUCAAGACCUGCAUGGACAACCUGGCCAGCAACAAGGGAAAGCUGUCAAAGAAACCAGGUGACACCAAGGCCAAGAAGAGUAAACAGGUGUCUCAGAAGUACACUGCCGCUCGCCUCCAUGAGAAGGGUGUGCUGAUCGAGAUUGAAGACCUGCAGACAAACCAGUUUAAGAACGUUAUCUUUGAGAUCUCUCCGUCGGAGGCGGUUGGAGUGUUCGAUGUGAAGGCCAAGUUCAUGGGAGUGCACUUGGAGACGUUACAGUUGGAAUACCAGGACCUCCUGCAGCUGCAGUAUGAGGGUGUGGCUGUGAUGAAGCUCUUCGACAGGGCCACCAUCAAUGUCAACCUGCUCAUCUUCCUGCUCAACAAGAAGUUUUACGGGAAAUAGAUGGAUGAGAUGGAUGGAAAGAGAAGGAGAGGGGGCUACAGACACUGUUGAGAACAGAACAUCUAACAGAGGGCCUUGGCUCUAUGCUGUCUUAUCUUAGCUCGGUUUCCCCCUCUUCCGCACUACUUUAAGUAUAUGUAUUCAUUAUGUGCCUUAUUGAGAUGGAAUAUUCACCGUACGGUAUGUGCCUUAUUCGCCAAGGAAAAGUCCACCGGAAGCCUGCUGGAUGCUCCAAGUGUAUCCUCGUCAGGAUCCAGAGUGCUUGUUGCAUUUUGUGUUACUAUGUUACUGUAAGACUGUCAAAGGUAUAAGAUAUGGAUUUGUCUGUCAGGUUGUUUUCCAGUUAUUUGAAACGCAAUUCAACAGUUGCAUGUUGAUGACAUCGCAAGCAAUUUUGUCAUACAGUAACUUUAAGAAACUUGCAAAUCCACUAUUGGCAUAGGAAAUAGCCUUUCAAGAGUAGACUGAACAAUCAAUGUAGAAAAGAUGUGUUAUGCUUUGUGUUGAAUAAAUUUAUAAAAGAAAA